AUGACUACGUCAAGGCAUCAGCGCUCUCAGCAGCGCUUGGUCCAGCUCCUGUUCCUGGCGUCCGCCUCGACAGCAGCAAUCAUCAGCAUCGGAGGAACUGAUCUGACCCUCUCAAACUUUCAACUCCUCACACAACUAUCCAUACCUCUGGGUUGCCUUUUAACUUACAACAACCCAAUCCAAGGAUGCACGGCGAACGACUUCUCGAGUACCGGCACCUGCUCAGCGUCAUGCAGGCGCGGCCUGCUGCUCAUGCAAUCCAACAUUCAAGAUGUCUGCCAGUCAGUCUCAGUUCAAGCCAACACGCCAGGUCACAACCACCUCAGCCGCACCGACGGUCCGGCCGACUUCGACCGUGAUAGUGCCGCCGCCAUCAUCGACUGUUGCUGUGCCUCCGCCUCCGCCAGCUACCACCGCCCCUCCCGUCAUCCCACCCCCAGCGACUACAUCAAUACCUGCACCUCCGCCAACUCAACCGCCCGUUGUUCCUCCGGCCAGCACGGUGCCGCCACCAGUAUCAUCACCACCACCGCCUGUAGUACCACCGCCGCCAGCACCCACGACCGUCAUCACUUCUACUACAUCCAACGCGGCAGCACCGCAGAGCACGUCGGCGGAGACUGCGAAACCUCCGGUCAACCCAUUGGAUGCUUUGCUUCUUAG